AUGCCCGGCUUCGACUACAAGUUCCUGGAGAAGCCCAAGCGGCGGCUACUGUGCCCGCUGUGCGGGAAGGCCAUGCGGGAGCCGGUGCAGGUCUCGACCUGCGGCCACCGCUUUUGCGACACCUGCCUGCAGGAGUUUCUCAGUGAAGGAGUUUUUAAGUGUCCUGAGGAUCAGCUACCUUUGGACUAUGCUAAGAUCUACCCAGACCCAGAACUGGAAGUUCAGGUGUUGAGCCUGGCCAUCCGCUGCAUCCACAGUGAGGAGGGCUGCCGCUGGACUGGAGCCUUACGCCACCUGCAGGUCCAUCUGAGCUCCUGCGGUUAUAACGUGAUCUCUUGCCCCAACCGCUGCAGUGCCAAGCUGAGCCGUAGGGACUUGCCUACCCACCUUCAGCACGAAUGCCCCAAGCGGAGGCUCAAGUGUGACUUCUGUGGCAUCGACUUCACGGGGGAGGCCUAUGAGAGCCACGAGGGGGUCUGCCCACAGGAGAGCGUGUACUGUGAGAACAAGUGUGGGGCCCGAAUGAUGCGGCGGCUGCUGGGGCAGCACAUGGUAACGGAGUGUCCCAAGCGGACCCAGCCUUGUGCCUACUGCACCAAGGAGUUUGUCUUUGAUACCAUCCAGAACCACCAGCACCAGUGCCCCCGCUACCCCGUACCGUGCCCCAACCAGUGUGGAAUGGGGAGCAUUCCUCGAGAGGACUUGUCCAGCCACCUGAAAGAAAACUGCAGCUCAGCCCCCGUUCUGUGCCCGUUCAAAGAUGCUGGCUGCAAACACCGGUGCCCCAAGAUGGCGAUGGGCCGCCACAUGGAGGAGAGCGUGAAGCCCCACCUGGCCAUGAUGUGUGCCCUGGUGAGUCGGCAGCGGCAGGAGUUGCAGGAGCUGCGGAGGGACGUGGAGGAGCUGUCCGUGGGCUGCGACGGUGUCCUGAUCUGGAAGAUCGGUGGCUAUGGGCGCCGCCUUCAGGAAGCCAAGGCUCGCUCCAACCACGAAUGCUUCAGCCCGGCCUUCUACACCCACAAGUACGGCUACAAGCUCCAGGUGUCGGCCUUCCUCAACGGCAACGGCAGCGGGGAGGGGACCCAUCUGUCGCUGUACAUCCGAGUGCUGCCCGGCGCCUUUGACAACCUGUUGGAGUGGCCCUUCGCCCGACGGGUCACCUUCUCCCUGCUGGACCAGAGCGACCCGACGGUCACCAAACCCCAGCACGUCACGGAGACCUUCCAUCCGGACCCCCACUGGAAGAACUUCCAGAAGCCGGGCACGUGGAGGGGCUCCGUGGACGAGAGCGCCCUGGGUUUUGGCUAUCCCAAGUUCAUCUCCCACCAGGACAUCCGCAAGCGCAACUAUGUGCGUGAUGAUGCUGUGUUCAUCCGCGCUUCUGUCGAGCUGCCCAAGAAGAUCCUGAGCUGAGGACUGGGCUGGGGCCUGGGGAGGGGGGCAGGUCCCCCCUCUCACCCCUCCCCCUUCACCACACUAGGCCAGGUUGCCCUUCUGCGCCGCCCACUGGGCUCCCACUGUGUCCCCCUGCCAUGUACCCCCUCCCUCAGGUGCCUCUUUUUGGUGCUUUUUCCCCCAGUUCCCCUCACCCCUCUGGGGGAUGGGGAGGGGGAAACAGUCACUGGGGUCUUUAAGGGCUUGAAAUAAAUGAUCCUAGCCGUCUCCUUUCCUGGGGGGUCCUCGGCUGCCUUGGCCCCACUGCCCAUUGUACUGUACUGGGGAGCAAGGCAAGCUGCUUGGCCCCCAUCCCAAGAGCCAUAGGGAAGCGAGGUGGGGCUGGAGUUAGCCCGGCUAGCGGUCAUUUUGUUUUUAACUCCACCCCUCCCCCAUCCCCUGAAGCUGUGCCCUCUCCGGUUAUUUAUUGCUCGGGUGCCCAGUGGGGCACAGCGGGGGAGUCCUGGUUUGUAAUAAAUUCUGGAUUGUGUAUUUA